AUGACUGGCGCAAAAGAGACUUUUCAAAUCUUUAUUGCUCUCCCAUCAGGUGACAUAUGCACAGUCAAAAGAUUAUCCCGCGAAAUGUUCGUGUAUCAACUGAAAUCAAGAGUCGAGCUAAAAGCUGGCAUUCCAGCAAACAUUUUUUCUUUGUUUUUUAUGAAUAUACAACUACGCGAUCAGGAUACUUUGAAAACAUACCACCUUAAACGUGGCUGUAUUGUCAGAGUAAAACUUGAACAGAACUACCAUGGCCUGUUUGAAGCGUGUUGGCGUGGAGAUAUUUACGAUGUUUUCGAGAAUGGUGUUCAAUUUCUGGACGAAGACAAAUUUCAAGGCUACAACAUAUCUCUUUGGAACAAAUUGGUUAUCCAACGCGCGACGCUCGCUUUGUUUAUCGCCUGCCACCGUGGUUACCUCGGUCUUAUAUUAGAACUUAUCAACCGCGGAGCCACAGAUAUUAACGGUAAAACCAUUUUUGGACGAAGCGCGUUACACGUUGCAGCUUACCAAGGCUUUGUAGGCUGCGUAUCUCUACUGCUGAGCGAAGGCGCCAUUUGUAAUCAAACAGACGUUGAGGGCAAAACGCCUCUGGCCUUAGCGAGUGAGAAUGGUCAUAUUUAUUGCGAAAGAAGACUUUGGCUCUAUCAGUGGAACCUACAAACAUUUCGCCCGCAGUCCACGAGAAGCUUGAGUGGAGAAUCAAAUGAAACAGUCGAGAAUACAGGAAGGUAAGUGUUACCUAAGAAAGUUGCUGUAAGUUAAACGCUAGGCGGGAAUAGAUUUCGUGUUAAAUAUUUUAACUUUCGAUCGACAUUGAUCACGAACGCUGUAAAACAACAACAACGUAAAUAUCUAUAUGUAAUUCAUUGUUCUUCUAGUCUAGAAACCAUUGUACCCCUAAUCCCUGUAAUGAAAAAGGGUAAAUAAUGGCGAGGUAAUGAAACCAUAAUACUGCUUUUGUAACAAGCCAAUAUACUUUAUUACAAAGGGAUUAGAUAUUUCUAGAUAAUUUAUACGUAAAUGAAAACCCUCUCCUCUUUUACCUCCAAGAUUAAGGAAUUAGUAAAGCGUAAAAGUAAAAUGAAAUAGAACCUGUGUUUUUUCCAAAUACUGAGCAAUUAGCUCUAACUGAUUGAUGGAUCAGCUUCAGAAGGUCAAGUUUAAUUUAUAAACGAAACGGUUUGCAUGAUUUUGGUUGUGAUCAAACGUCUCGGCGUUACAAGAAUACGACGUCAGUAACAUAUAUGAAUGUGGUAAUACCGAUGAAAUGACGUCAAUGUUGAGUAACAUUUGACGUCAUCAUUUUAAGUAAGAUGGUUCUACAUAUAUAAUUACCCACACACAAUUCAGCCUGACGGCAUGGCUGGUAGAUAAAAUGGGCGAUAAUACCGUGAGAAACUGUGAGCCUUUUUAUUCGCAGGAUACGUUCAUUUCUUGUGCGAAAGAUUUCAGUUACGGCUCACGGAAUGUUUCGUGUCGUGUUUUAGCUGCCCUUCCCAAAUAAUAAAACCUAUAAAUAAAGUCUUUGCUUGAGUAGAUGCUGUCCUUUAAACAAUUUCUGUUUGAUUUAAAAUGUUCCAAAUCAAAUUGAUCCUUAUUUUCUUCGAAAUGAUUGGAAAUUACGAGUGGAUCCGUAAUCCCACAGGUCCGUAGGUCCGUAGGUCCGUGGGCCCCGUAGGCUCCUAGGCCUGUGAGUUCGUAGCCCGAAAGCCUGUAAGACCGUAGGCCCGUAGAUCCGUAUAUCAUUAGGUCCGUAUGCCCGUAGGCCCGUAGGCCCGUAGGCCCGUAGGCCCGUAGGCCCGUAGGCCCGUAGGCCCGUGGACCUGUAAUCCCGUAGGCCCGUAGGCCCGUAAGCCCGUGAGCCCGUUUUCGCGUAGGCCUGUAAGCUCAUAGGCCCGUACCCCAUUUGCCCGUCCUUUGCAAAGGAAACAAUGGCCCUUGCACGUCCCUUUAAGUUAGUCGUUUCCCUUAAUUUUUUUUUAGAAUAUUAAUCCUAUCUCGUUCAGUUUGGAUUUUGUUACUCGGCAUAUCCUGAUCAAUCUGCAAACUAUUAUUUGGGCGUUUCCUUUCCAACAAUUCGAGUAUAAAAUGAGGUUCGUUACGGACGGUAUGAUGGGAAAAUCGAACCCGCUUCGAAUUGUGUGAAGGAAAAAAUCGUAGGAUCUAUUAGAGUCAUCAACUUGAUCUCCUUUGUUUUAAUAGAAAUUGGAAUUCCUCACCACGCUCCACCAGGUCACCACCCAAUGGAAAAACACGUGAUCAGCUUGAUGAAAACAAUAACAAGGAACGACUAGAUACGGUAGGAGCCAAUUAGUUUCUUUUAUUUCAACACGGAAAUGGGAAUGUGAGAACAAAUUUUACACUUCAGAAAUGGGCCUUUAUAUGAUGAUGAUGAUAUAUUUUUAAUGGCAGACUUCAAAACUUUUCUUAGAGAAAAUAACCAAAGAAAUAGUGAAAUGAAAAAAGCUUAGGGGAAAAAGCAAGGAUGUAAUCUGUGGAAAAUAUCUCAAUCAAUUAAAAGCCUCCUGACCAGUGUAGACACAUGAUCGAAAAAUCCCUAUUUCCACUUGUCCGUUAAAUUUGCAAAAACCAGCGUUCUUCUUGCCGCUUCUUAACACUUUCUUUUUUCCACUAGUCACCCACUCUCACCCUUCCGAGCGUGACUGUUAACGAAGAAAAGACGAACAUCCGUCGGACGCAGAGUCACGAGCCGCGCCGAACAAAUCAGCCUUCUUUUCCCUUGAUGCAAAUCGCUGAGAAAUACCGAAAAGAGCUUCGGGACUUAAACAAAGGAGGUGGUCUUUUGCCUGUGCAUUUGCAAAAAGAAUCCGAAGAAGACGUGAAAAAAGAAGCACCGGAACUAGAGACACCAGAGUUAGAGGACAUCUCGAAAGAUGAAGUGGACCUUGUGAGAGAAGCGAACAACAAGGAUGACUUGGAAACAGCGGUAGACCGAGGCUUAAGGAUUACGGAAACCAGUGCUGGUAGAGUUUUUUGUUUGUUUGUUUGUGUUGUUGUUUUUUAUUUUUUCUCGCUAGAACAUUUCUUGAAUAUGUUAAGCCACACUGUUUAAGUUUGGAGUCUUUAGUAGAUCUUUUAAUAAUUGUUGGUGACGAUGUAACGAUGACACGAUGAUGAUUCUGACAUGACCAGAAUUGUGAGAAUUUUCACCUACAGUUAAGAAUAUUUAUCGUAGGUUCUUUCGUGUAGGUUUUCUGGAAAGCUGAUCUACCAACUUAUUAAAGUCUCAGUUUUCAACAAAAAGCCGCGGCCACAAAAAUAACUUGAGCUGAGUUACCAACGCUUCACAUCAACAUCGAAUGAAUUGAACUUAAUCAACGGAUCGAUACUAAAAAUCAAAACGAAAUUUAAUAAUAAAGCCAAAGACAAAGGGAUGACAGUGGCUAAUCACAUUAACACACGCUAUUGACAAACAAUUUUUCCCCUGGCUGUAGCGUGAGUCACUGAUCAUACCCUUUGCGCGAUGGAAUUCUAACAUAGUUUGUUUUCAACUCUGUUGAUACAGCUUCAUCUACGGAAGAGAAGCAAGAUGAUUUUACAGAAAUUAACUGUGACGCUCCAGCGGAGGCUGAACCACGCGACUUCGAGAGGUAAUCAAAAAUACAUGCAAAGCCAAGUGAUUAUUCUUGGUAAUAGCGUUACUAGGCGAUAGAAACAGGAUUGCCUUACUAGUCUGUGUUAUCCAUACCAGGCGCGAGAGCACCCUCGUACAGCUUUAUGGGACUUUUACCCAAGAUACUUCUUGGCAUUCUCGAGAAAAGUUUUUUUUCAAGACUUCGCACGGCCGAACAUACAGUUAUGGGUCUGGUUAAGAGAUUCACUUGCAAGAAGUUAUUUUUGAGGAGAGUGAAAUAAGGACGUGAGGCUAAAGGGCGAGAGUGUGAUGCUCAAUGGAUGGAAAACUAAAAAACCUCUAUUCCUAAACAGAAAACUCACAAUUACAAUGCAACGACAAAGUAUUAAGACAAAUACAAGAAAAGACACAUACAAGACAACCAGCUCAGCGUGUAAUUGAAUGAAAUAAAUAGCGUAAACUGAACUGUUGCACUGGAAAAUAAACCAAAGUAUGCUAAGGACCAUGAUGUGUACCUUAUCAUUUUAUCCUUCAUAUUCAUUGUUUUUUUUGUCUUCUCAGACCCUCUUCAGGAAGAUCGAAUGGAAUCCGUAAGCUUGACAUUCUGAUGACCGAGUCGCGUGAAAAAAUGAAAGGCGAGUCGACCACCCGUGGACAGGAUGUGAGUAGUUCUGCAGAAUACCAAGAGACCGAACACGAAAAUAGCAUUCUUCAGGAAUAUUCAAUAAGGAAAUCUGCCCGAACUUUUGACGACUGGCUUCAAAUGAAGCGAUCUCAGGAGAAAAAGAGGCCUGGGACUGCGCCUGCGCAGAAAAGUAGGCUUGGAAAGAGUAUCGACCCUGAAUCGUUUAAGAGGUGGUUGAACAGCAAACGUUCGCAGCGCUACCACACAAAUUCCGAAUCCUCAGCAUCAAACAAAAAGACAUUUAUCAGUUCUAGUGGUCUGACGUUUGAUCGCUGGCUUGAAACAAAGUUAGGAAGAAGACCCAUGAGUGCUAUAACCUGCGAAACGGAUUCACGUGAUAAAAACACGCCAGGAGCAGGAAACAAAGUGCGCAAACAAAUCACUUCUGGAAAAUCGUACGAACUCUGGUUGGCAGAGAAAAAAGCCACUGCCAAUAACAGUAAAGAUGCGGAAAAUAACAGCGAUGGAAUCAAGAAUACUUCAAAAGCGAGUGGAAAAUCCUUUGAGGUAUGGCUUCAGGACAAACAAAAGCAAAAACAAAUUGAGUUAGUCCAGAAAGUUACCACAGAAAAAGAACGGAAAAGACUGGAGGAGAUAGAUCAGUUGGCGAAAUGGCUAAACCCACAUUACAAGACUUACGAGGAUUGGCUUGCAAUCAAGAACCACCAAGCUGUCCUAGAGAGACAGCGGGCUCAACACGAACCACAAAGAGAACAUGAGGAUGUCUCUUCAGAAGAAAAACAGAAAGAUGCCAAAAUUGUUUACAACAUCUGGCAAAGGAUGAAAGCUCUUAAAGAACUUAAUGAAGAAGACAGAAAAUACAGCGAGAUGAAAGCAAAGUGGGCUGCAAAGGAAAAGGAGAAAAAACAUUUAAGUAGGGCUCAAUAUCUAAAACAAGGGAACAAGAUGCAGCUUGAAACCGGCCUCGGCAAAAAUUUAACUAUGAACAGGUAG